CUUGGGUACAUCAUUUGGUAUCAAAGCUAGUUGUUGCACAUCUCUCAAAGACCAAACACACUUCCCCAACCCCCUCCCUCAAUUCGGCCUAACUACAUUCAAAUCCUAGUCCCAUUUCAUCACUUAUCCUAUCAACCAUGUCAAACCAAUCCCGAAGCAUGUCUCAUGAAGAACUCGUAGCCGCAAACGCUGCCUUGCAAGCUCAAGUGGAAUACCUAGCCAAAGAAGUGGCUAAGCUCACAAAGCAAAAGAUGUCCAUGCUACGAGAUAGUGAAGAUGAAGAGGAAGCUAGCUCUAGUGCCACCAUGAGAACUAGGGCUCACGAAAAGUCCCAUUCUGACUUCAAAGUUGAUAUUCCAAUCUUUGAAGGAAAGAAUGAUCCGGAUGAAUUUCUUGAGUGGUUAGAAAUGGUGGAACGAGUCUUUGAUUUCAAGGAAAUCUCUGAUGAGAAGAAGGUCAAGAUCGUGGCCUUAAAGUUCCGAAAGUACGCCUCUACUUGGUGGACGAAUACCACCACCAAACGGGUCCGAAGUGAGAAACCCCCCGUUGAUUCUUGGCAAAAGAUGAGUCUUUUGAAGAAGAAGUUCCUGCCCACCGAAUACUCACGAGACAACUUUCCUAAGCUUCAAACGCUUAGGCAAGGUACGAAAUCAGUGGAGGAUUAUACUCGGGAGUUCGAAGAGCUCUUGCUAAGGUGUGACUUGCAAGAAAACGAGGAGCAAACCUUUGUGAGGUACCUUUUCGGAUUAAACACUCAAAUAGCCAAUACGGUGGAGCUGCAAAGCUACACUACUUUUGAAGAGCUUACUAAGUUGGCUCUCAAAGUUGAGGCUCAAAUGAAGAAAUCCAAAGCCAUUCUCUCAACAAACCCUCCCCCUUACUCACGCCCCACAUAUACCCCCUCAAAACUCACCCCUACUGCCCACGGCCAAACCCCUAAACCCCAAACACCAUCUAAGCCAAAUCCUACUCCUUCCCCACCUAAAACAGCCCCUACACCCAACAAAAGAGCCCCCGUUUGUUACCGAUGCCAAGGAACUAGUCACUACGCCAAUGAGUGCCCAAAUAAGAAAAUAAUGGCCUUGGUUGAGUAUGAUGUUGAAGAGUACAAUCCCGUAUGGGAUGAAGAAGUAGCCGAGGAGGAGGAAGAAGAAUGUGUUGGCCCCGACAACGGUGAACUUUUGUCAAGUGUCGAGACAGGACGUCCAGUUCACCAGAUUCCGUGUCGUGAUGUAAUGAACAGUGUGGAGUGGAACCCAAAGUUGAACUUGCUCGCCGGGGCUGAUAAAAACAAGUAUCAAGCAGAUGAAGGGGGAUUUAUCCCUUUAGUUGAGCUCUUGGAAAUGGCCUAACAUAAUACUUUUGAAAAAACUAUCAAAAUAAAAAUGCAUAAUGGUUAUAUAUUCUUAUAUUUAUAAGCCUAAAAGUGUUUGCUAAAAGGUGAAAACACAAUUCAUAAGUAGUUGCAGUGUAUUCUAAUUUCUUUUAUAUAUAUAUACUCCCUCCAUCCCGUCAGAUAUGGACACUCUGGCUUUGUUGUUGCUGAAGAAAUUCUCUUUCCUUCGUCAUGUCCGUCGUCAGGUUCAAGAACAUCUCGUUGAGGGUGAAGACAAUGGGUUGUCCUAGCUCCAACACCAUGCUUAUUGAUAUCAAAGCCAUUGGCAUAAAGCAUUAUUGAGGGAGGCUAAGAAAAGUAUAUUUGAUCCACUCCACUAACUUAAAAAGCAAGGGCAAAAUAGUAAAAUUACACUCUUUUACACUUUUUUGAACACGAAUGGAAAAUGCUGCAUAAAAAUUCCCAAGUGUGCACCACUUGGUAAUUCUCUUUUCUCAAGUAUGCUAAAAGUUUUUCUCUUAAAUAAUACUUUUGUCUUAAUGCACCCUACUUAAGCCAACUUAAGCCUGUUAUGGUAAGGUUCAUCUGCACCAAAUAGUAUAAAAUCCAAACUCCAGAAGCCAAACACAUGUUUGUUAAUAUAACAUAAGCAAACCUUGUGUGGGAUAUGGCCCCAAAAUUAUACUCCCUCCAUCCCCCAUAGAUCUUCCCAAUAGCCCUUUUUCUUUGUCCACAAAAGAUCUUCUCAUUUCAUUUUUUAACAAUUAAAAUACCACAACUACCCCCACUUACUUUAUUUAUUACACCUCACCCACCUCAUUUAAUACACUCCACCCUUUUUUCAUUAAGGGUAUUAUGGUAAACUUUCACCUUUUUUCAACUCUCCUUAAAAACCACCAAAAGUCAAAAUGAGAACAUCUUAGGGGGACGGAGUGAGUAGUAAAGAGUUCAUAGACAUUUUUAUAGCUACAGGGACAUUUUGUAAUGUAUAGAGUAUAAAGGAGCAUUAAGUAGAUUAAAACUACUCUAGCAGCAUAAGAGAUGUUUUUACUUCUAAACAAUUGGGCACUCAAAGAGCAUUAUAUCAUGUAUAAUGAAUAUUUUCAAAGUUGCACUUUUAAGAUAAAAAUGAAGUCAUGCAAAGAAAAUAUUUAGUACUUU